AGACUAGGCCUCAGGCGGGAGCGGCGCCUCAUCCUUGCCGGCUCCUGGUUCCUCCGUCUCCGUCUCUCCGGCGGCGAUGCUUCGCCCGAAGGCCCUCACGCAGGUCCUGAGCCAGGCCAACACCGGCGGCGUCCAGAGCACCCUGCUGCUGAACAACGAGGGCUCCCUCUUGGCAUAUUCGGGGUACGGGGACACGGACGCGCGGGUGACGGCGGCCAUUGCCAGCAAUAUUUGGGCCGCUUACGACAAGAACGGCCACCAGGCCUUCAACGAGGACCACCUCCGCUUCAUCCUCAUGGACUGCAUGGAGGGUCGGGUGGCCAUCACGCGGGUGGCCAACCUGUUGCUGUGCAUGUAUGCCAAGGAGACGGUGGGCUUUGGGAUGCUCAAGGCCAAGGCCCAGGCCCUGGUGCAGUACCUGGAGGAGCCCCUGACCCAAGUGGCCGCCUCCUGAGCCGCUGCCUUUGCUUUGUAUGGACCGCCGGGAUUAUGUGUAUUGCAAACAUCAUGAGAAUGAAUAAAGGGAUGCUGCUCA